CAGCCAGAUGUGCCUGGAGUCACAGGGUAGAACACGUAGCUCCAGUCCACCCACUCGCUCACAUUUAACCCAGCCUGCAGCCUUCCAAUUACUCCUCAGCACCAGCUUGCCCCUUGACAGCCACCGAUUGCUGCAAAGUGGAAGGACAUGAGAAGCAGCAGCCACUGCUAACUGAGCUCUGGUGUCCGACUCUCAUCAGCCCUCAGGAGACUGUCACCCUCCGCGGCGUCUCUUCUUUUCCCAGCGACUCUCCAGUGCUCAGCUGCUGGGGGUGGUGGCCGUGGAGGAGGAGAUCCCGGCUCUGUCACUGGAUUCGCAGUGAGACGAAACGGUGUGCCAGCCAGCCAGCCUGACUUUACCCCAGGAGAGAACUUGGGUUGGAAAAAGGAACCCGGGAAAAGAAGCCCAGGGUUUAAAUGGAAAGGAUCCCCAGUGCUCAGCCUCCUCCACCUUGCCUAAGCAAGCUGGCUGCCCUAGAGAGCAACGAAAUGUCAGGGUUGGAUUUUGCUCAUAUUUAUCAAGUUUACAAGCCCAGAAGAGGGUUAAAAAGGGGUGAUGACAGUAAGGAGACCUAUAAGUUGCCCCACAGGCUGAUAGAGAAGAAAAGACGUGAUAGGAUUAAUGAAUGCAUUGCCCAGCUGAAAGAUCUCUUACCAGAACAUCUCAAACUUACAACAUUAGGACACUUGGAAAAAGCUGUUGUUCUCGAACUUACCUUGAAGCAUGUGAAAGCACUAACAAAUCUCAUUGAACAACAGCAACAGCAGAUCAUUGCUCUCCAGGAAGGUCUACAUGCUGAUGAACUGCCACCGAGGAGCCUUGAUUCUAGCCAGGAGGUGUUUCGGUCUGGUUUCCAAAUGUGUGCCAAAGAAGUGUUGCAGUACGUGGCCAAACAUGAUAACAGCAAGGAACUGAAAUCUUCCCAGCUCAUCAGCCACUUACACAGAAUAGCCUCUGAGGUUCUUCAGAGUGGAACCAGCAGAAAGACCGGGGACACUUCCCCUAAACACAUGGACCUCAAGGAAAAGUCUGGCACUCUGACCAAGGCUGCUGAGGCACAUGGGAAAAACUGUGUCCCUGUGAUUCAGAGGACUUUUGCCCACUCUAGCGGAGAGCAGAGUGGCAGCGACACAGACACAGACAGUGGAUAUGGGGGAGAACUGGAAAAAAGUGACUCAAAAUCUGAUCAGCAGUAUUUUAAAAAGGACACUGAACUCAAGUACAGUGUCCAAGAGAGAAUCAGUUCUAUCAAACAAGAGAAUGAGGACCCACCAGCCAAAAGGACCAGGAUGGAAAUGUCAGAGGAUGAAGACCAUUUUAGCAGUGAUAUGCUUGGCCCUUCAAGCAGUUUCUUGGGCCCUCAUGCUCACCAGCCUCCUCUGUGUGUGCCUUUCUAUUUGAUUCCACCCUCGGCGACAGCCUACCUGCCUAUGCUGGAGAAGUGCUGGUACCCGGCUUCUGUGCCGCUCUUGUAUCCAAGCCUCCCAGCUUCCACUGCAGCACUUUCAGGCUUAAUGAACCCAGAUAAAAUUUCUUCUCCUUUACUAAUGCCUCAGCGACUCCCUUCGCCAGUACAAUCCCGUUCCCCUAUGGACUCUACUGCUCUGCUUCAAGCUUUGAAGCAAAUGUCUCCUUUGAAUUUGGAAACCAAAGACUGAACAUAGAGUGACUUUUUAUUGAGAUUAUUUCAGGGUUCCCAUCACACACACACACGUAAACUAGCUGAGCUGAGAAGCAAGGAGAGGGGAAGAUCAACAAUCAUUUUAUGUGUAGAGAAGCUGAGUCAUCCCUUGUUUUGACUGCCCAGGAAAUUUAGGAAAGACUUCAGAGAUACACCCAACUUGGUUAAACCAAGGAGAGGGUUCUUGUUGCUUUUUAUUAUUAUUAUUAUUAUUAUUUUAAAAUAUGCUGAUCUGCUUUUUACUUUCUGCCAUCUACAGAGUAACACCUGACUUAGUCGGCUAGGAAUAUAUUUCGAAGCUGUGAAUGAAAACUAAAAUUUUAGGUGGAUUUAGGGUCUGUGAAUAUAAAAAUGUGGCACUUUUCAUGAGGACUUUUCAUAGUAAAAGAGACAAGAGCUGGAGUCAAAAAGAGUGGCUUCCCCCACCUUGCUGCUGCCAAUGUUCAAAAUCUCUUAACACUCGCAUACCUUCAUACAUGUAUGGCUAUUGAAGCAUUGGUAUGAGUCCUGCUUGUAGCAGUCACUGGCUAGUAGAGCACAGUAAGUGAUUCAGGGAAAUUGAGACUGAAUUCUCAUCACAUUUCUGCUGAAUACACACAUUAUUUCCUUUUUAGAUGCUGCUUGGAAAUUUUGUGUUGCAUGAGCUACUGGAUAGGGACUACUGCAAGUGGGAGCAUUCUUCAGGAGUGCCCUGUGUGUCCUUGUUUCUCACACUAGACGUUGCUUCUCAUAACUGCUAGACAGGAACCUCUGGGAUUAGUCCAUAGAAAAGGGGAUUGGCUGAAGAGAGAGGUGAUGGUAUGGUCUAGCUCUGACUAGCAUAAAACCAUAUCAGGCUGGUAUUUUUACAAUGGAAUGGCCUGCCACCAGCUGUUUCACUCUGGUUCCAGUUAUGUUGCAAGGAUGUCAGCAGAGUGAUAUUCUCUGAAGUCCGUUCAGAAUUUGUUCUGAAUCUGGCUGUUAUGUAAGGGAGUUUCAUGUCCAUAGUAACUUUGGUGUGUAACUUUCUUCUUCCAAAUUCCACUGUAAACAGCAUAAGGAAUGUUACAAUUGCCAGGAUGGAGGCCUUACUCAGAUAGUUCUUGCAGUCUGGUAGCAGACCUGGCAAAGCCAAGCACUUCCCUGGGGCCCAUCAGUCUCUCUCUCUCUCUCUCUCUCUCUCUCUCUCUCUCUCUCUCUCUCUCUCUCUCUCUCCCUCUCCCCGUCUCCCUCUCCCUCCCUCCCUCUCUCAGAGCAGUCUGCUUCUUUCCUGAUGCUCAGGAGACUAGGUUUUGCAACGAAACAAAAAGCAGGCCUGUAGGCUUGGCUAUGGUACAGACUGAGCAUGGUACAGGGGGAAAGCAUCAAAAAGUCAAAAUAACACUCCCAACCUAACAACCCUUUUUUCUCCCUCGUCUGAACUAGAGCCCAUUUUUAAACAAAGAAACAGAAAGCGAUGGUUUGAGGGUUUCCCCUCUGGCAUAUACUGGUCUCUUGCCUAGGUGGCAAUAUCAGAGAUGGCCAUGUGCACUCAUGGAGACCAGAUGUACUGUUUUGAUGCAUCAUAUCCCUACAGAUACGUUCUUCAGCCCCCUGGGGCUGGUUGUGGCUAGCGUGGGCUAUGAAGUUUGCACAGUUGGGUUGCCGUAUUCACUGCUGGAGUGUCACAGUGGAAGAGUUGCCCAAUUUUCUCUGGGUUACUUCCUGUGCUCACAGUUGUGUGCUACAGCACUACACCAAAUAGUGUGAGACACCAUCAUCUAGAGGAGCCCCAAAAUCUACCCUAGGUGGAGCACAUUCUGCACUGAUGAAUACCCCCAUUUGAUUUUGGCUAUUUAAAACAAUGUUAAUAAUAAUAAUCCAUGUCCUAUGGUAGUGUCAUCUGAGUAGGUUUGAGAGAUUCAUAGAACUACUAUCUUAUGAAUUCUCUUUGCGCUAUUGCACCAACUACUAGAAUGCACUAUGUUCAACUGCAGAUUGUGUUUGACCAUUUAUUUUAUUGUAUGUUAUUUUUUGUACACAGUUGUUGCCUUUAUUUGUAAAGAUCUGUUAUAAAUGUGUACAUAUAAAUAUAUAUUAUAUGGAUAUGUAAAAUAAAAUGUUUCAGAUGUCUAUUUGUAAAACUACUUGAGUACAAAGAAAGUGGGAAAUAUGAAUGUAUUCCUGUUUUUCUUUUUAAUGAGGAUAAUGUUUUGCUCUUCCUCUAGGGAGAGGUAAAGUGUUUAUAUUUUUGGCACCUUCUUGAAUGUGGGAAUAUUGUAAAUAUUUUUAUCAGAGUAAAUGUUAUGUAGUUGUUUUAAAAAAAUACUUAAUAAAAUUCUUUUCCUGUGGAACACAA